AUGAGUCGCAAGUCCCAAGCCACCGCCCAAAGGUUCUUCAAGUGCCAAGUGUGCGGCAAAGUGUUCGGCCAACAGGGUCAUCUGUUCAUUCACAAGAAUGUCCACGCGGAGGUGAGGCCCUUCGGAUGCGACACCUGCGGCAGGCGCUUCAGUCAGAAGGGAAACCUCCUUCGCCACUCGCUCUUGCACACCAACGAGAAGCCCUUCGGAUGCGGCGUCUGCAGGAAGUUCUUCGUGCAAAAGGCUCACUUGGUGAAACACGUGGUGGUUCACAGGCAAGGGCUGGCUGCCCUGAAGAGGUGUCGGCGGAGGGAGGCGUUGGAGCGAGGGUCCUCCGCUGAGGCCAAGGAGGGCGCCCUCAGGUGCAAGGUCUGCGGAUUACAGUUCAGGCGGAUUUUCCAGCUGAUGGAACACCUGAAAGUCCAGCAUAUCCUCGGAAGGGUCGACAAAUAG